GUUUUUGCGCUUUCCAAAGCCCACCUUUCAUUUUGCCCACCGCGCCGUUCGUUCCGCACGCCAACGCCUUCCCAGCAUGUUCGCCCGACCGCAGCCCGCCUCGAAGGAUUGGGAUGAAAUGUACUUCUACGAGAAGCUCCGCCAUCUCGUCGACAAGACCUCCGAUUUCGUCAUCUCCAAGGCGAAUUGGUGGAUCCCCUCCGUGGUGACGGGGAUGGUCCUCAGCGUCGUGCUGUUGGGGGGGUCGGAGGCCGCCUCGCAGGGCCUCGGCCUCGCACUCCAAACGGCCUCACCGGUCAUUCGUCCUCCCCCCUUUUCGACCUCCAUUCAAGGGCCCCUGGGGGAAAAACCCGACGCGGAGGGCGAUGAGUUCUAAAGAAAAAAGGGUCGGAUGGGCGGCGUUGGCAAAUGGUGGAAUGUGCUCGAAACGGAAUAGAAGGAGGGGUGGUAGUUUUCUUUGAGAUGCCGCUAAGGGUUGGUUUUAAUUUGUGUUUGAGUCUAUCGGUAACCUAUAACUAUCUGCGACGUUGGUUCUUAAUAGAUAAGAUAUCCUAAGGAAAAAAAA